AUGUCCGUUAAAGUUGCAAUCAUUGGCGCUGGCCUCAUCGGCCCCCGCCACGCGAAAUCCGUCCUCUCAAACCCAUCUACCGACCUUGCAGCCCUGGUGGACCCAAUGCCAGCAGGCGAAGCAAUCGCAAAAGAGCUCAACACAAACUACUAUCCAACAGUGGCAUCUUUACUCGCUUCUCCCAACCGCCCAGACGCAGCGAUCGUCUGCACACCAAACCACACCCACGUCCCUGUCGCGAAAGAACUACUAGCAGGCGGCGUCCACGUUCUCCUCGAGAAGCCAGUAAGCGACACCUUGGAAACAGGCCGCUCGCUCCUGGAGUAUGCCAGCGCCCCCGAGCGUGCGCACCUCAAACUCCUCGUCGGCCACCACCGACGCUUCAACCCCUACGUGCGAGCCACAAAGUCGAUCCUAGACUCGGGCUCCCUAGGCCGCCCCAUUGCCGUGAAUGGACUCUGGACCCUCUACAAGCCAGAUGCCUACUUUGCGCCCCCAACAGACUGGCGUGCCUCCAACGACCGCGGCGGCGGCGUAAUCCCCAUCAACCUCGUCCACGACAUCGACCUCAUGCACCACCUCUUCGGCCCAAUCACCCGCGUCACGGCGGAAAAGACCCUCCCCCAACGCCCCAGUCCACCGCACAAUGCCGACGAGGGCGCAGCCUUGACAAUGCGCUUUGCAUCUGGCGUUGUUGGCACAUUCCUUAUCUGCGACGCCACGCCCUCGCCGCACAAUUUCGAAACCGGGACUGGUGAAAACCCUCUCAUUCCUCGCUCGGUUACUGGUGGUGAUUCGGACUUUUACCGUAUCUUUGGAUCGGAGGCUUCGCUUAGUGUGCCUGACAUGACGCGUUGGAGUUAUGAUGGGCGGGCUGAGAAGAGUUGGAAUCAUGAGUUGACUGUUGAUCACAUUGAGCUGCCUGAUGAAGCUUGGCCGUUUGAUUUGCAGCUGGCGCAUUUUGUUGAUGUUAUCCGUGGUACGGCUGAGCCUAGUUGCUCUGGUGAGGAGGGGUUGAGGGCUUUGAUUGUUUGUGAGGCUGUUCAGAAGGCUAUGCGGUCAGGUCAGCCUGUUGAUAUUAAUGUGGAUUUGCUUGCGAAAUGA